AUGGUACUGAAGUAAUAGACUUUCAAAUUCGCAAAAAUCCAUUGUUCAAUUUGGUUCUAGGACAAGAAUGGUUAUGGAUGUAUAAAGCAAAAAUAGGUUUCAGAUUCUCUUCUGAAAUCAAUGAUUACGCUAAAAUUGUAAUCGAUAGUAUAAGUAUCCUAUUAAUUGAAGAAAAUAGUAAUAAAGCCAGCUUUAGUAAAAAUAACUUAUCUGAUUCUGAAACAGAAAUCGAUAAACCUGAUCUAAAUUUAGAGAAGUUUAUAGAUAUGUUUAAGAAAUUAUCUAUAGAAACUAAUUUAUCCAGUUCUGAUUCAGAAUCUACAGGUUCAGACUGGUACGAUCUUGAUCUAAAAAAAACCAAAAGAAAUGCAUCUAUAUUACAAAGAAGGGACGAGAUCGAUGCUAUAGAAGAAAAGUUUGAAUAG